AUGUAUUCAUAUCUUCCUUGGUCCUGUUGGGCAAACCUACCGACUGCCUUCCAGUUGUAUCCUGUUCCGCUUUUGCACCAUCUUGAUUUUUUUGGUGGGACGGUGAAGCACUUCAGUCUAAAUAAUGCACAUCCUACUGCAGCAAUGAGCCGUUAUCUGACACCAUCAAAAGUCGCCUUGCUAUGCCUCGUGCAUAUCUAUACUGAAGGUGUUGUCCCCAACUCAUCAGCUAUUCACGUCCUCUCGUUCAUUGUUGCUUAUUUGAGUUCGGUGGGCGCGGGGGACACUACCCCUUCCUCGGAGGCUUGGACGAAGCAGCAUUCCGUGUCUAUCAAGGACCUAGAGGAUGCCUUGAUAACACAGCCCUCUUCAAUACCCGGUCGCUCCAUCUGGGACUUGUUUCUCCGGAAGUUAUGGUCAAUUGACUCGUGCGAUGCAUUGGAAGUUUUCUUUACGGAAAUAUCGACAAUCCUCGCAAAAACUCGGGAAGAGCAAAUUAGAGAGAGGGAUGCUGGCCUCGCUCCGGAGACCAACUGUAUGCGCCUAUCACGAUGCUCCCCAUUGGGCGCAUUCGUGCGAAGAGCUCAGCUGGAAUUCACGAGACUCCAAUUUCACGAUUCGGUAAACCUAUGGAAAGGUUUCGUCAAGUACCGGCUUUCGACAUACCGCACAUGGGCUCGCAAGAACCCCUCUGAUGAACAGCCGUCGGUUGACAUCAACCUUCUAGAUCUCGGCCUUGAGACAAACAGUCGUCUUGCGCAGGUCGCUUACGGGCAUAUUGAACACGAAGAAGACGAUCGAUAUGUCAGCACGAAGGAAGUUGAGCGGCUUCUGGAGUUCCAAAUCGGCGAGCUACAGAGAUUUGGCGGGAGAGUCCCGGAAGAGAUGAAGGCUCAGCUGGAACGCAUAAUCGAAGCCGGGGUAACUUUACCUAACCUGGUCCAUUACCUUCGCUUUCUCGAUUCUUGGAGGGCCGGGGACUACCCAUCGUCUUUUGACAGCCUCCAUCGCUACUUUGACUACACAAUGCAUAGCCGAGAUAAAGCCUCCUAUCAAUAUGCGCUGCUGAAUCUUGCCAUACUCCAGGCGGACUUUGGGUGUUAUGGGGAGGCAGUAUCUGCAAUGCAGGAAGCUGUCUCGAUUGCCAGGGAGUCUCACGACAUGAACUGCCUGAAUUUCUGCAUGAGCUGGUUGUACCAUUUCGGAAAGGCAUUUCCGGAACUUAUUAAAGAUAUACAGACUACUGGUAUGCUAGGAAACGAGAAAGAAGGGCUCGCUUUUCUCAAAGCGAAAGCGAAAGAGACAGAGAUGUGGAGCUUGUUAAGCACAACGCUUCUUAGUGAGGCGAAGCUCGAACUUCAAAAUGGAGAGAGUCUAGCAUCGGCAAUUGAAAAUGUAGUCCGAGCGUCGCAUCUCAACGUCACGAAGAAUCUGUCGAAUUCCACGGGCCCACAGCUCUUACUUCAGACUGCGCUGUAUUCCAGAAUAGGAGCCGCACAUCUCGCCUGGCUAGGUAGCGAGACAUUCCGCCAUUGCUACCGAAAUUGUGCGCCGUUUGAGGACUAUCUCAAAAGCACAUUCCGAAGCUGCCAACUACUAGCGCAGCAGGGCCGAUACAGCGAUGUUUCCGUUCACAUGAAUCAAAUCAGUCCUGAAAGGCUUCGUUCAUUGAAGACAAGCCAGUACUGGGCAUUCUUCUCCGGCGUGCUUCAACUUCGGCGCAAAAUAUACAAGUAUGUCCGCUCUCCAUCGCUCAAGUCUCAGUCCCUAACAGUGACCAGUGACGACCGAACAGCGGCUGGUUACCUGCUCUCUCAACUACAAUCCAUCAAACUUCCAGAUAGCGAUUUGUCCUUUCUAUUAUCUUUCCUUUCCAUCGACUUUAUGAUCCGCCAAGCGAAUUACACUGGAGCUCUAGAACUCAUCGAAGAAACGGCGCAAUCCAUCCACCAAGACAACUUCGACAUCCAACCUCAGGUCAAACUUCUCUGUCUAAAGGCUCGCAUAUUUGAGAAGACGGGCCAGCCUCAGCGCGGGUUUUCCUUGGCAAUGAGAGCUGCAAACAUCGCUCAUCGUUCGAGACUGCUUCCUAGUUUGUGGGAGGCCAUUUGCGCUCUAGGAGCUGUCCUUUUGAGCCUCCAGGAAUUCGAAGCAGUCUCUGAGAUGAUCGAGAGCAUUAUGCCACAAGUCCUGGAAUCAAACGAUUGUGAUCUCGCGGCACACGCAUACUCUCUUCUCGUCGAUGCGAAUAUGGGUAUCGCUGGCAAGCUCUGGAGCGCUGGUAAGAACACGCCGGCCAAGAAGGAGUGUAUGAACCGUGCUUUGGGCUAUCUUGAUUGUGCUUACGACCAGUAUGAAGAGAUUGAGGACAUUAGAGGACAGUGCGAGAUGAUGGCCAAGAAGGCUACUGUGAUGCAUCUUACGGGCGAUUCGGUUCUUGCCAACGACUACGCUGCAAAGUAUCUAGACCUUCAGAGGCAGAGGAGCUCAAUGGCUUAG